AUGGCGGAGGAGAACAACACCCCACCAGAGGCUUCUCGCCAACGUCGAUCGUCUUUUGCAGGACAGACGUUCGCUGGUCUGUUCGGCACUGGCCGCGGUAGGCCCUCCUUCGACAAUGGCAACAAUUCACCGCCUCAGCAACAGUAUGCCGGGCCCAUUUCACAAGCAGCCGCCCAGGCCCAGCGUAGGCGGAUGUCCAUAACCACACUCGGGCUUUCUGGAUCGCCCACCGGCACACCAUACGGCUCUUAUCGCGGCCGUCAUGAUAGCAUCAGCUCCUCGAACGCAACUUCCAUCGACGAGUCCGCCAUCGAAGACGAUUCCAGUGCUCGUGAGCCUGCCACAACUCCCGUCACACCCUUUGCCAGACGCAUGAGCUUCGGCGCUCAAGCAUUACGAGACGUGAGGUCCACGUCGGGUAGCGGAGGAGGUGGAGGCACUGUGCAGAAUGGUACUAAAUCACCGCCUGCUACUUCUGCAAACCCAGCAUCUGUUAAAGCUCAGAACGGGACGAUCUCUUCCCGAGAUUCGAAGGGUCGAGGCUCUGCCGAUUUCUGGAACGAGAAUAUGCGUAAUCGUGCUCAACGGACUUCAAUCAUUGGACAAAGUCCAGAGGCGCCAGUCCAGGUGCCGCAGCCUGCGGCCACGACGCAUAACCGUGCCAAGAGCGUCGCAAUGAUGGAGUCGCCGCCGCGAGAGAUCCCGAAAGCUCAGCAGAGGCCAGAUCAUUUCCAAGAGAGGAUACUGAAGGGUGACUUCUACAUGGACUGA